AUGGAUAAAUUUAAUGAGACACACUUUCUCGCCGACAUUGACAUCUUUCUAUCGGAUCUCAAAAAUCGUAAAGUCCCCGGGGAGGCCCUUUGUGAGAUCGAAGCUGUAGCCAAAGCCUAUGCUAAGAAGGUGAAACAAACACCAUCUGACAAAGGCGUUGAGAAGGCCCGAAAGUAUCUGAAGAGUAAUGGAUUAGUUGCGGUACAGUAUGACAAAGGCGUGGGUUUUUGUGUAAUGAGAAAGGACACCUACGAGAACAAGUUGUCGGAUACAUUAGAUUCAAAUCAAUUCAGCAAAAGUAAAGGAACAAGUGAUGUGAUUGUUUUGAAGAUAGAAAGAGACAUCAAUAAGGAGUUGUUGACUAUGAGGAAAAAAGAUGAAAUAAGUGAGAGUCUCUGCACAAGGAUGAGGUCUACUGGGGGGCAGACCGCCAGGCUUUAUGGGUUGGCGAAAGUGCAUAGAGUGAAUACCCCAUUAAGACCGGUCCUCUCCUUGCCUGGUACCUCUUAUUCUAAUUUGAACAUGGUUCUUGCAAAAUUUGCAAUAGAUGCGAGAGAAAUCUUAGAGAGCACUAAUCUUGAGCCCAAUGAAAAUUUGAUGUCUCUAGAUGUGAAGAAUUUGUAUACAUAUGUUUCUUUGAAAGAAGCAAUAGACAUAGCUCUGAGAAAACUGUAUGAGCAAGAUGAGCCACCAUCAAUUGCUAGGAAAACCACGAAGAGACUGUUGAACAUAGCAGUUAGUCAAGUCCAUUACAAGGGCAAUGAAUCAUGGUACGCUUAG